AAACGUUGGGGUUAUUGGAGUGGUUGGAUUUUCCCUGGAAUUGAGUGACAAAUUCAGAAGACUGAAGCCCAGGCUUACUGUCUACCUUUCACGGAGGCCUAGCCGUGAGAGGACAGAAGAAGGCACGUGGCGAAUCAUGACAGCUGACAAAGACAAAGACAAAGACAAAGAGAAGGACCGGGAUCGAGACCGGGACCGAGAGAGAGAUAAAAGAGAUAAAGCAAGAGAGAGUGAAAAUUCCAGGCCACGAAGAAGUUGUACCUUAGAAGGAGGAGCUAAAAAUUAUGCUGAGAGUGACCACAGCGAAGAUGAGGACAAUGACAACAAUAGUGCCACAACAGAGGAGUCCACAAAGAAGAACAAAAAGAAACCACCCAAGAAAAAGUCUCGCUACGAAAGGACAGAUACCGGUGAGAUAACAUCCUACAUCACUGAGGAUGACGUUGUCUACAGACCAGGAGACUGUGUGUAUAUCGAGAGUCGGAGGCCAAAUACACCGUAUUUCAUCUGUAGCAUCCAAGACUUCAAACUGGUCCACAACUCCCAGGCCUGUUGCCGAUCUCCAACUCCUGCUUUGUGUGACCCCCCAGCAUGCUCUCUGCCGGUGGCAUCCCAGCCGCCACCACAUCUUUCUGAAGCCGGGAGAGGGCCUGUAGGGAGUAAGAGGGACCAUCUACUCAUGAACGUCAAGUGGUACUACCGCCAAUCUGAAGUUCCCGAUUCUGUGUAUCAGCAUUUGGUUCAGGAUCGGCACAAUGAAAACGAUUCCGGAAGAGAGCUCGUCAUAACAGACCCAGUUAUCAAGAACCGAGAGCUGUUCAUUUCCGAUUAUGUGGACACCUACCACGCAGCCGCACUCAGAGGGAAGUGUAACAUCUCCCAUUUUUCUGAUAUUUUUGCUGCUCGAGAAUUUAAAGCCCGAGUGGAUUCCUUUUUCUACAUAUUAGGCUACAAUCCUGAGACCAGGCGGCUGAACAGCACACAGGGGGAAAUCCGAGUCGGGCCUAGCCAUCAGGCCAAGCUUCCGGAUUUACAGCCAUUUCCCUCUCCAGAUGGUGAUACCGUGACCCAGAAUGAGGAACUGGUUUGGAUGCCCGGAGUCAAUGACUGUGACCUCCUUAUGUACUUGAGGGCAGCGAGGAGCAUGGCUGCCUUUGCGGGCAUGUGCGAUGGAGGCUCCACGGAGGACGGCUGUGUGGCGGCGUCGCGAGAUGACACCACUCUCAACGCUCUCAACACUCUUCAUGAAAGCGGUUAUGAUGCCGGUAAAGCUCUGCAGCGCCUGGUCAAGAAGCCUGUGCCCAAGUUGAUUGAGAAGUGCUGGACCGAAGAUGAAGUGAAGCGGUUCGUGAAGGGGCUCCGGCAGUACGGCAAGAACUUCUUCAGGAUCCGCAAGGAGCUGCUCCCCAACAAGGAGACCGGGGAGCUCAUCACCUUCUAUUACUACUGGAAGAAAACUCCCGAGGCUGCCAGCUCGCGUGCCCAUCGCCGCCACCGCAGACAAGCCGUGUUCCGGAGGAUCAAAACCCGCACUGCGUCCACACCGGUCAACACACCCUCCAGACCCCCGUCCAGCGAAUUCUUGGACUUGAGCUCAGCCAGCGAGGAUGACUUCGACAGCGAGGACAGCGAGCAAGAACUGAAGGGCUACGCCUGCCGCCACUGCUUCACCACCACCUCCAAAGACUGGCACCACGGGGGCCGGGAGAAUAUCCUGCUGUGCACGGAUUGCCGUGUCCACUUCAAGAAGUACGGCGAACUGCCCCCCAUUGAGAAGCCCGUGGACCCCCCGCCCUUCAUGUUCAAGCCCGUCAAGGAGGAGGAGGAUGGGCUUGGCGGGAAGCAUAGCAUGAGGACGCGGCGGAGUCGGGGCUCGAUGUCUACACUGCGCAGCGGCCGAAAGAAGCAGCCAGCCAGCCCCGAUGGUCGGGCCUCGCCGGCCAGUGAAGACAUCCGCUCCAGCGGCCGGAACUCACCCAGCGCCGCAAGCACCUCCAGCAAUGACAGCAAAGCCGAGACUGUGAAGAAGGCAGCCAAGAAGGUGAAGGAGGAGGCCUCAUCCCCUCUGAAGAGCACCAAGCGGCAGCGCGAGAAGGUGGCCUCCGACACAGAGGAAGCCGACAGGGCCAGUUCCAAGAAGACCAAGACCCAGGAGAUCAGCCGGCCCAACUCACCGUCCGAGGGUGAGGGCGAGAGCUCGGACAGCCGCAGCGUCAACGAUGAGGGCAGCAGUGACCCCAAAGACAUCGACCAGGACAAUCGCAGCACGUCCCCCAGCAUCCCCAGCCCCCAGGACAACGAGAGCGACUCCGACUCCUCUGCGCAGCAGCAGAUGCUGCAGGCCCAGCCUCCGGCCCUGCAGACACCUGGAGCAUCUGUCCCUGCUGUCCCAGCGGCCCCCGGGGUCACCCCGCAGCUCCAGCCACCUGGGCCCGCGCCCGCCCCCUCUGCGGUCCCCCCACAGGGCUCACCCUCGGCCUCCCAGCCUCCCUCCCAGCUGCAGACGCCAAGCCCCGCUCCCCACACCCACAUCCAGCAGGCCCCGGCCCUGCACCCCCAGCGGCUACCCUCCCCGCACCCACCACUGCAGUCGCUGAGUGGGCCCGGGCCCAGCUCUGGCCCAGCCCAUGGGCAGCCAUCCUUGCACGGGGCCCCAGCGGGCCCUCACAGCCUGCAGGCAGGGCCCCUGCUACAGCACCCCGGGCCCCCGCAGCCCUUUGGCCUCCCUCCGCCUGCCUCACAGGCCACGGCCCACUCGCACGCCCCUCUGCCACCGCCUCCGUCUCAGUCGGCGCUACCACCGCCCCGGGAGCAGCCCCUGCCACCCGCCCCCUUGGCCAUGCCUCACAUCAAGCCGCCGCCCACGACGCCCAUCCCGCAGCUGCCUGCUCCGCAGGCGCACAAGCACCCCCCACACCUGGCGGGGCCCUCGCCUUUCUCCAUGAACGCCAACCUGCCGCCCCCACCCGCACUCAAGCCCCUGAGCUCCCUGUCCACACACCACCCGCCCUCGGCACACCCACCCCCGCUGCAGCUCAUGCCUCAGAGCCAGCCGCUGCCGUCCUCGCCCGCACAGCCCCCCGUGCUCACCCAGAGCCAGAGCCUGCCCCCCGCCAGCCUCCAUCAGGGGGCCCCCCAGCCGCCUUUCACGCAGCACCCGUUUGUUCCUGGGGGCCCUCCUCCCAUCACACCCCCAGCCUGCCCCUCGACCUCCACCCCACCUGCGGGCCCUGGCCCCACCACCCAGCCGCCCUGCUCCACCGUAGUAGCUCCUGGUGCCAGUGGGCCGGGGGCCGCCACCUGCCCUCUCCCCGCUGUCCAGAUCAAGGAAGAGGCUCUGGAUGAGGCCGAGGAGCCUGAGAGCCCACCACCCCCACCUAGGAGCCCAUCCCCAGAGCCCACCGUGGUGGACACCCCAAGCCACGCCAGCCAGUCUGCCAGGUUCUCCAAACACCUGGACCGUGGGUACAACUCGUGCGCACGCACAGACCUCUACUUCAUGCCCCUGGCGGGCUCCAAAUUGGCCAAGAAGCGGGAGGAGGCCAUUGAGAAGGCCAAGCGGGAGGCCGAGCAGAAGGCACGCGAGGAGCGGGAGCGGGAGAAGGAGAAGGAAAAGGAGAAGGAACGCGAGCGGGAGCGGGAGCGUGAGGCUGAACGCGCAGCUAAGGCGUCUAGCUCGGCACACGAAGGCCGCCUGAGCGACCCGCAGCUGGGCGGCCCAGGCCACAUGCGGCCGUCCUUUGAGCCCCCGCCGACCACCAUUGCCGCUGUGCCCCCCUACAUCGGGCCCGACACGCCAGCGCUCCGGACUCUGAGCGAGUACGCACGGCCCCACGUCAUGUCGCCCACCAACCGCAACCACCCCUUCUACAUGCCGCUCAACCCCACCGACCCCCUGCUGGCCUACCACAUGCCGGGCCUUUACAACGUGGACCCCACCAUCCGGGAGCGCGAGCUCCGCGAGCGAGAGAUCCGGGAGCGUGAGAUCCGCGAGCGCGAGAUCCGGGAGCGCAUGAAGCCGGGCUUCGAGGUGAAGCCCCCGGAGCUGGACCCCCUGCAUCCCGCCACCAACCCCAUGGAGCACUUCGCCCGGCACAGCGCCCUCACCAUCCCCCCCGCCGCGGGCCCUCACCCCUUCGCCUCCUUCCACCCUGGCCUCAACCCCCUGGAGAGGGAGAGACUCGCCCUGGCUGGCCCGCAGCUGCGGCCUGAGAUGAGCUACCCUGAGCGGCUGGCGGCCGAGCGCAUCCAUGCUGAGCGAAUGGCGUCGCUCACCAGCGACCCCCUGGCCCGCCUGCAGAUGUUCAACGUGACACCCCACCACCACCAGCACUCCCACAUCCACUCGCACCUGCACCUGCACCAGCAGGACCCCCUCCACCAAGGUUCUGCAGGCCCCGUCCACCCGCUGGUUGACCCCCUGACUGCUGGCCCCCAUCUGGCUCGCUUCCCCUACCCCCCAGGCACCCUCCCCAACCCUCUGCUUGGACAGCCCCCUCAUGAGCACGAGAUGCUCCGCCACCCGGUUUUUGGCACCCCGUACCCCCGAGACCUGCCCGGUGCCAUCCCGCCACCCAUGUCCGCAGCCCACCAGCUGCAGGCCAUGCACGCCCAGUCGGCUGAGCUGCAGAGACUGGCCAUGGAGCAGCAGUGGCUGCACGGACACCCGCACAUGCAUGGCGGCCACCUCCCCAGCCAGGAGGACUACUAUAGCCGACUGAAGAAGGAAGGGGACAAGCAGUUAUAAGUUAUUUUUGCGGCCGGCUGUGGAGCCCUUGUCUCGGGGAAGAACAGGACUUUGGUGUGAGAGGAGCUGCGAAGCGAAGAAGCUAAAGAUUUCUUGGUCUGUUCACAAGUCCACCACUAAAAUGUCUCCAUCCUAGUGUUCGUUGUAGAGAGGAGCCUGGAGCAGCCCGGUCUCCCUGCAUGACUCCCCAGCAGCUAGUCCUGGGCUGGACUGAACAUCCGGGAACUUCCUGCCGUCUUGGGGUUCCGCUUUCGUUUUCCUUCUUUCCCUCCUGAGUUCUCAGAGCGCUAGGAUCCAUUUCACACUCGCCCUGUGUGUGCCAGAGUCCGGGGCAUGCAGCUAGAUGACAUAAGAGUUUGGAAUCCAAGAGCUAUAAUUUUUAAAAGAUCUUUUAUUUUAAUACAUUGUAGGAAAUCUUCAUAAUUUGAGAGAGUUCUGCAGCAUGGCUUUUUAUGUCUGUAAAUAAGUAAUUUUAGAACAGCCUUUUUUUUCCCCCUUCCACAAACUGCUAUUCUGAUCUAUUUUUUCCAGCCAUGUCACUGAUUGUGAAUUCCUACCAGCUAUUGACAGAAUACAGAGUUGAUUUUUUAAUAAAAAGUUAUAUAUGAUGAUCCCUUUACUUAAAGGGCGUAACUAGUCACAAAUGGCAAGAGCUUGGGAUGAGGUCAGGCUGUAGGCGCUUGACCGGGGGCCGCAGGGCACAGUAUUCUAGACCCUUCUUUGAUUUGCUGCUUUGUUUUCCCUCCAUCUGUCCCUCCCCAGCUCGUGCUUGGCCACGGUGCUGACCAGGUAGCCAGGGCUGCUCCAUCUGCUCUCAGGCACGCUCCUGGGUGCCCGGUGGUAGGUCUUUGUCCUCUGUGCUCUGAUUGUCAGUGUCCAAAGCCUGUUCCCGAUGGCUGAUGGCUCUGCCGCCGGGUAGAAACCCACCUGCCUGUCAUGUACGUCACUCACACGUUCUAGGGAGACAGAAUGGGGUUGUUCUGUCGAGCAGGUGCCAUGCCUGCAGCCCAGACAGGUGGCGGCAGAGCAGAGUGGGUAGGGCAGCAAGCUUCAUCCUUCACGGUUGAAGUUGCUGUUGUGAUUCACUUUGGCCGAGCAGGGGGCGGGUUUUGGGGACCUUGGCACUGAUGACGGAUCCAGUCUGUGCCAGGUGCCCCCGCUUCCUCUCAGACUGGCAGACUACUUCUGCCACUGCAUGUGGGCACAUCCAAGACUAUAGACCAUUGAAAGACCCUGGCUCCUUUCGGACCCCAAGCCCACAGUUUGUAGCCUGGGUUUGGGCUCUGUCCCCGACUCCAGCCCUGCAUCAGGUGUUUCUGUGGCCCUUCCGGCCAAGUAUGCUUCCUCUUGGUUGGGACAGGAUGGUCUUGUCUGUUGGGAAUGUUUGUUGGUUUUUUUUUCCCCUGUGUUUUGUUCAUUCCAUUUUCUGCCUUAACUUUAGCUCCUUGAGGGGUGGGCUCAGGCCUCUUCCCGUGGGGUGGCUGCUUGGGGCCUCUUCACUCCAGACUGGCUCACUGCACCCCGUCUUUCCAAGAUCUUUGUUUGGUGCAAGCACCAUGCCUAUGUUCACGUAAACCGUUUUCUCCUGUCAUCCAAUUCUCCAAAGAAGAAAGUGUGAGGUUCUUGGGAACGAGUGCCUGAAAUCUCAGAGGCAUCUUGUUCUCCGGGUUUCUCCCCCACUCCCAAGGUGAAGCAGCCAGAUUGUUCCAUGAGAGGCCCCAAGCUCUGGUGCCGCCCCUGGCCCCCUUCUUCCGCCCACAGUUUGGGCUCUGUUCCCCGUGUUCUAUACCUUGUUCACUGUUGUCCGGUCGAGUGUCACCCUGCUGGGGCCGCAGAGCCACGCACACGCCGAUUUGCUACGUUUCUAUAUAUCUUGAAGCUAAAUGUAUAUAUGAGUAGUUCGCCACGAGAUAACACAGUGUGAAGAGUAGGCACCCCAAAAUCGUGACUUCUGUGUUCUCUCCAUUUGAGUAUUUUGUAAUUUUUUUGAAAUAUUUGUGGACAUAAAUAAAACCAAGCUACACUACAACCGCCA